GGUCCGGGGGGAGUCUAUAGGGUCCGGGAGGGCCGCCUCCUGCUGCGCCCCGGGCCCUUCGCCCGCCUGGUGCGGGAGAUCUGCCUGCUCUUCACCCGCGGCGUGGACUAUCGGUGGCAGCGCAUGGCGCUGGUGGCCCUGCAAGAGGCGGCGGAGGCCUUCGUCGUGCGGCUGCUGGAGGACGCCUACCUCUGCUCCCUGCACGCCCGCCGCGUCACCCUCUACCCCAAGGACCUGCAGCUGGCCCGGCGCCUGCGGGGGCUGGAGGGGGGGGGGAUCUGAGGGACCCCCCCCCCCCCCACCCACUGCG